CAUGGGAGUGAAAUUUCACUUCCUGUUGUUUCCCAGGUGUGUCACCUGAGAAAUGCUGUCGUUGCUCGGGUUCUUGUCGACAUUAGAGUUUCGAAGUUGUUAGUUACAUUCCUUUUUUUCUCUCCGUGGACAAGGUUAUGUGGAAGUGCUGAGCAUACCUGUAGGUGAGAACCAGGAAGUAAUUGUUUAGUUUAGUCAUUUUAACGAGGACUGUGCGUUCUAAGGAAGGACGCUUGAGUUUCGCCUCCUUCGCGAAGGAACCUCCUUUUCAAAUAGACAGACCGGUUCUCUCUUCUCUAUUUGACUUCACUUUUCUUGCAGGAGACUUCUGCUUUUAUUUGAGAGGGAAUCUCUGGGAGACAAUUAGGAUGAAUUUACUUUUUGAAUGCCAGUUUGUAGCGCUCCUGCUUCUUGUUGGCUUUUCACACUCCACCACUGGCCAGGAUAAUGGUGAGACCUGCGUGUCCAAGUUCGAGAAGGGUAAAGACAAUUUUGUGCUCGACACCGAUGACUCUGUGAAAGAAGGGGCCACGUUUAUCUCUUCACCGAAAGUGGUGAAGCUCAAAGACUGCGUGGUCUCCUGCUGCAAGGAGCCGAAAUGCAACGUCGCCCUGAUGGAGAGAGGAGCCGAGGAGGGCACCAUCAGCUCCUGCUUUCUGUUUGACUGCUUAUACAAGCGGAAAUAUGUCUGCCGCUUCGUCAGGAAGUCAGGAUACUUCAAUUACAUACUGGAUUCAGUUUAUGAGAACUACGCCAAAUUGAAUGUCCCCCCACAAGAAAUUGACAGUCCACCAGUGGCCAACGCAGGUCAGGACCUGGUGGUCCAGCCUCAGGAGAGUGUGACACUGAAUGGUGUCCAAAGCAGGGAUGACAUGAAGAUUGAAUCCUUUGACUGGAAAAUGCUCACCAAUUAUCCUUAUGCGGUCAUGGAGAAAACAAAUUUUCCUGACCAGAUCAUUGUGUCCAAUUUAACAUCUGGAAAGUACAAGUUCCAGCUGACGGUCACAGACUCCAUUGGUCAGGCAGACUCCACCAUGCUCACUGUCCUCGUCCUUACCCCUGAGGAGUCUGAACACCACUGCAUGGUUCCAAAGAAAGCCGGUCCAUGUCGUGGUUCGUUCCCACGCUGGCAUUACAACGCUGCCUCAGGAGAGUGUGAACAGUUCACCUUUGGGGGUUGCCUGCCAAAUAAGAAUAACUACGUUGACAAGAAGGAAUGCAUGGACGCCUGUCAAGGCACAGGUGGUCCAAGUGGUCGAGGUCUGCCUGUUAGAGCUUCUCAAGAAGAAAUAUGUGGAGAUCCAUGUACUGCCGAGCAGUAUACCUGUGCUAAUGGCUGCUGUUUGGAUCCAGGACUGCAAUGCGACGAAAUCCCGCAAUGCAGUGACAAUUCAGACGAAGAGAAGUGCGAUUACCUGGAAGGAAGUUUUCGUAUUCUGAUCAGCAUUCCAUUGGAUCAACAGAAAGUGCGCUGUACACAGCACCCAGAAACAGGAACUUGCCGGGACAGUAUCUCAAAGUGGUACUACGACCCCAGCACACAGAAGUGUGCUCUCUUCAACUACGGAGGAUGUGGGGGAAACAACAACAAAUUUGAUUCUGAGGAUACCUGUAAGAAGGUUUGCCACGGUGUGACAGAAAAGGAUGGCUUUGAAAACCGAGAGCAGACUGAAAAAAGAGAGGCUGAUGGCAAUACAAGUAUCCUUGUCAUAGCUAUUCUACUGGGUGUAGCCAUCCUUCUUGUCCUUGGCGCCCUGGGGUACUGCUUCAUAAAGAAAAGUAAGACUCACGAACACGUCCGGGUGCCGGCUGGCAACAACACCAGCAGUUUGGGGAUAGGAGACAGUGAUCGGCUGGUCUACAAUAGCACCACCAAACCCAUGUGAACCAAUCUGUGUUCAUCUUUACUCCCAUCUUAAGAACUGUGUCACAAACAGAUUCAGGAAGAAAUUAGUUUUUCUUUUUUUUCUUCUAAUCAGUAUGUGAAUGUGUUUCAAAGAGGAUGUACACAGAGAGUAGAAAGUCUUUGAAAUGUGAUUUGUUGCUGUAAACUAUAGAAAUGAACUGGUAAAGAUCAUGUUAAAUGGGAAGAAUUACUUCUAGCAUCAAGGCAGAGCAUUAGCAGAAACCCUUCCAUUGAAAUACAAUAUUUGUAUGUGUUCUUUCUUUCAUGAUUUUUCCACAGUUCUAAUUGAUCAACUUACUUUGUGUUCAUUGUGAUGCCCUAAGUCUCUGUUAAGUUAUAGUUUAAAACAGAAGUCUUUUUAUUUGUCUUACAACCAAACCCAAGCAAUCUUGUUCAUAUGUAAACUUUUGACACCAACAUUUUGUGUUUCCUAGAGUUUCUUAACCGACAUUUGUUUUAAGCUUCUUUCACACACUGUUGUUACAUUCCAUUGAAUUUCACAUACAUGCAAAAUAUUGUACACAAUCGUAGUUUAAGAAAGAACUAUUUUCUUGGAGUUGAUUUUAUCAACUUUUUUUGUUUUGUUUUGAAGUUUGUUUUUUAGAACAAACCUUAUCUAUUUUUUAUCUUUACUGUGUUGAAUAUUUUAUUCUUCUGAUUCAUUUGUAAAUAUAAGCUGAUGUGAUCUUAUUUAGCGUUACCUGUACUGGAAUGUUCAUCUUAAAUAAAAAACAAUGUAAACCCAAA